AAACCCUGUCCGGAGCCAACUCAAUAUGUUUAAUUAGGCAAAAAAAGUCAAAGGAAAUUCUAUUGGCAAGCUUAACUCAACCAAUUUUCAACAGUAAAGUCAAUUUUAUUGGGGUCUUGGAUCAAUGCAAAAUUAGCUUUACGCACCUCUUACUCAUCCAUACUAGUUGACUACUAGUGUGUGUUUGUGCGUGCGGAUCCGUUAUCUCUUCUUCGUGCUUGAACCGAUUGGCUUGAACUCGCUCUCAAUUUUUUGAAGAAAUGGCGGAGGAUCACCCCUCUAGGUAUGUGAAAUUAACCAAGGAUCAAUCGCCGAUGGAGGACAUUAAACCCGGCGAGCUAAAUCAGCCGAUUGAUGUGCCUCAGUUGCAUGUUCGAAAGUGCAAUGAAUGUGGGCAGCCUUUACCUGAAAGCUACCAAGCUCCUGCUGAUGAACCCUGGACUACUGGGAUAUUUGGUUGUGCAGAAGAUGCAGAAAGUUUUAGGACAGGACUAUUUUGCCCAUGUGUUCUGUUUGGCCGCAACGUUGAACAAUUGAGAGAAGAUACUCCGUGGACUGGACCUUGCAUUUGUCAUGCUAUCUUUGUAGAGGGUGGCAUUGCCUUUGCUGCAGCAACCGCUGCUCUACACGGUUUUAUUGACCCAAGGACAACAUUUCUCAUUGGUGAGGGUUUGUUUUUCAGUUGGUGGAUGUGUGGGAUAUACACUGGCCUAGUGAGGCAAUCGCUGCAGAAGAAAUAUCAUCUCAAGAAUUCGCCAUGCGACCCUUGCUUGGUGCACUGUUGCAUGCACUGGUGUGCCUUGUGCCAGGAGCACCGGGAGAUGAAGUCACGCCUUUCAGAGGACUCUGUCGAGCCAAUGACCAUAGUGAACCCACCUCCAGUUCAGGAGAUGAAUGCUGCUGACGAUGGUGGGGAUUCGGCAUCAACCUCUGCUAAUGGAACCGAGCAAGUUAAAAUUGAGAUGCAAGCUCUAUAGGACUUUGCGGAUAGGAUGAAACAAUGACAAUAUAUAUCAUGCCUUUUAGAUCGUUCCCUCAUUUCCUUGAUGACUUUGGGCAGGACAUUGUACAUUUUCAGUGUCGUGCAUUUGCAAGGGUAAUUUGAGCUCUGUAACAAGUUUUCAAUUGCAUGAAGCUGUAUAUUAAUUUUCACCCAAAAGACAAUUUUGAGCAAGAAAUUCGCAGAAAAA